AUGAUGAACAGUGAAAGAAGAGGGAGGGAGAGAGCAGCCUUGGGUUCACCCAGAAAGUUCAAGAAGAGUAGCAAGGGAGAACCACAGCCCACAUGCUGGGAUGUGGACGCACCUGACCACGGCUUGAGUGUCUGUGGUGUGGACUCACCAGCCUUGGUCCCGCCGACUGGUUCACCCGGACUGGGAAGAGUGGAGAAUAUGCGUCUCAGUUCCCCACAGAGAGACAACGUCACCUUCACUCAGCCGCUGUCACAGAGCGGAGGCAAGAUCCCCCUUGGCACCCCCACCACACAACCCAAGCCCAGCCAGCCCCGCAGGCUGUUCAGAAAACCCACCAGAGUGAAGACUGACUGUCAGGCUGCUGACUCUAGCAGGAAGUCUCCUGAUCCCUCUGAAGACUUGGUGCCCCCUACAGGUGGGAAGCGGAAAGACAGAACACCAGAGGAUGGGUCAAAGGUCAUCUACCUCAGAGCCCUCCAUGCCGCCGUUGGGGUUGGUGACAGGAAGUCACUCAGCCUGGAAGGCGGAGCCAGGGAGGAUAAUGACCCAGUGAAAGAGCAGGACACUUCAGCUACUGACCUCAGCUACUGCACAGCCAAUGGGGAGGAAGAAUCUUCAGGGCUUGAGAGAUGUGGAGAGCACUGUCCCUGCCCACUGGGGUUCAUAGAUACAGAGGAGGACGGAGGAGAGGAAACUGACGCAAGGGGGGUGGUCUUAAAGGGCAGCAACUCCCCUGAUUGGUCAGAUGUGGAGGAUCCUGUGCAGGUGAAGACUUUCUCUCAGGAUGAGUGUUCGAAACAAGAGAUGGAGGCACAUACAUGGAGUGGUACAGUCCAGUCUAUGUCCCCCCCACCCUCCAGCAUGAGUGGAGUGGUCCAGCCCACCAUGCCAGGAAGGGAUGCGUUUUUGUCGCCACCGCUCUCCUUCCCUCACCAAGACACGCCCACUGAUGCUGCCUCUUCCAGAACAGCAUGUCGACCCAGCAGCUCAUUUGUGGCACUGGGGCGGGGCAUCAGACUGCCUCAGCCAAUCACUCAUCUCAGUUUGUCUGAUCCCUACGCUCUCCCCAGAAAAACAGCCGGGACCACGCCCCAGGCCCCGCCCACUCCAGAUCUGUGUAUGUACUCCCCAGUGCCCACAGGGCACCUGUAUUUGGACAAGCGCAAACAAAAGCUGUCUUACACGCACCCGUCUGUGGCGGGCUCAGUCAACAGCACAGCUCGUCGUUCAUCUUUGGGGGCGGAGCCUGUUUGGAUAUCUGACCCCUCCUCCUGGAAGCCAGGAGCGGCGGGAUUUGUCGAUACCCACUGCCACCUGGACAUGCUUUACGGGAAGCUGGGAUUCCGCGGAAGUUUCCGGAGCUUCCGCCGCGAGUACGCCAGCAGUUUUCCCGCCGAAUUCAGCGGCUGCGUCGCCAAUUUCUGCCACCCCAGACUCAUGAAGCGAGAGGGAAUAUGGGCGGAGCUUCUGGAGGAGGAGCUAGUGUGGGGCGCUUUCGGGUGCCACCCACACUUCGCCAAGGAGUACAACUCUACCCAUGAGCAAAGCAUUCUGGGAGCCAUGCGCCACCCUAAAGCCGUGGCGUUCGGUGAAAUUGGGCUGGACUACUCCCACAAGAACUCCACCAGUGCCUGUGUCCAGAAAGAGGUCUUUGAGCGACAGUUGCGGCUGGCCGUCUCUAUGAGGAAACCUCUGGUUAUUCACUGCAGAGACGCAGAUAAGGAUCUGAUGGAGAUAAUGAAGAAAUGUGUUCCCAGAGAUUACAAAAUACACAGACACUGCUUUACGAACAGUUACCCGGUGAUUGAGCCGUUCCUGCGGGAGUUUCCUAACCUGUGUGUUGGGUUCACGGCGUUGGUGACGUACCCACGCGCUGUGGAGGCUCGAGAGGCCGUCAGGAGAAUCCCUCUCGACCGCAUCUUACUGGAGACAGACGCGCCUUACUUCCUACCCAGACAGGUGUCUAAACUGAUGUGUAAGUACUCUCACCCAGGCAUGGCCAUACACACUCUGUGUGAGAUCAGUCAGCUGAAGGGAGAGCUCCUCUCCGACGUCCUGCGGACAGUCCGACAAAACACAACGAACAUCUAUGGCCUGUAA